CACACCUUCCCCGGUGCGCACCCACGGACAGACCUAUGGAACAUCUCUUCUUUUAAGCGGUUUCUUGCAGGACAUUUUUUUUUUUUUUGUGGAACCAUUCAAAAAAAAAAGUUGGACUCUGCUACUUUUGCUGAAUUCAGGCGUUAAAAAUGGAGGGAGGAAGGUGGCUGCUGUUUGUUUCUCUGGCAAGCCUGGCAGCUGCCAAGACGGUCAAGUACCAGACCUUGGAGGAGGACGCCCCGGGCACGGUGAUCGGCAACUUAGCCAAGGACGUCUCCUCCGCCUAUUCCUCGACGGGCUCCCGGGCCAAUUUCCGGAUGAUGAAACAGUUCAACUCCUCUUUCGUCCGUCUGCGGGAGAGCGACGGGCAGCUGAGCAUCGGGGAGAGGAUAGACCGGGAGCGACUCUGCAAACACACCCUGCAGUGCCUCGUCGCGUUCGACGUGGUCAGCUUCUCCAAGGAGCAGUUCAAACUCAUCCACGUGGAGGUGGAGGUCAAGGACAUCAACGACAACUCCCCGGAGUUCCCUAGGAAGGAGUCCAGUAUGGAGGUCUCGGAGAAUACCGCCGUGGGGACGCGGAUCCCUCUGGACUUUGCCGUGGAUGAGGACGUCGGGGUGAACUACAUCCAGAGCUAUCAGAUCUCAGUCAACAGUCACUUUUCGAUUGACGUGCUCAGCAGGGCUGACGGGGUUAAAUAUGCGGAGCUGGUGCUCAUGAAGGAGCUGGACCGGGAGACUCAGCCGUCUUACGCCCUGGAGCUGGUCGCCAUGGAUGGCGGGAACCCCUCCCGCUCCGGAACGACGCGCAUCAACAUCAAAGUGAAAGACUACAACGACAACAGUCCGGUUUUUGACAGGAACAGCUUCUCCGUGGACCUGCCGGAGGACGCCCCGGUAGGCUUCUUGCUGCUGGACCUGAAUGCGGAGGACCCGGACGAAGGGCUGAACGGCGAGGUGGUGUACGGCUUUGGGAACCAGGUCCCCUUAGAGAUCCGCCAACUCUUCAAAGUGGACCGGAAAAGCGGGCGACUCACCUUGGAGAACCCGAUUGACUUUGAAAGUAAGAACACGUACGAGUUUGACGUCCAGGCCGCCGACUUGGGUCCGAACCCGAGUCCGGCUGUGUGCAAAAUUGUGGUGCAGGUGCAAGACGUUAACGACAACGCACCAGAGAUCUCCAUCACGCCCAUGACGUCAAUCACUGCAGGGAUAGCGUACAUCACCGAGGCGGCGGCUAAGGAGAGUUUCGUGGCUCUGGUCAGCACCUCAGACCAAGACUCCGGCGCCAACGGACAAGUGCACUGUACACUUUACGGACACGACCACUUCAGACUGCAGCAGGCCUACGAGGACAGCUUCAUGAUCGUGAGCACCAACCCGCUAGACCGCGAAAAAAUUCCUGAAUAUAACCUCACUGUUGUAGCUGAAGACCUGGGCUCCCCUCCUUUCAGGACCAUCACCCAGUACACAAUCCGUCUCACGGACGAGAACGACAACGCUCCGGUGUUCAGUAAACCGGUGUAUGAGGUUGCAGUGGUGGAGAACAACGCACCUGGCGCUUAUAUCACAACAGUGGUCGCACGGGACAUGGACAUGGGCUUAAACGGAAAGGUCACCUAUAAACUAGCAGACAGCUACUUCAUGGGCUCGCCUAUUUCCACUUUUGUGUCCCUGGACCCCGCCAGUGGGUCUCUUUACGCGCUGCGGAGCUUCAACUUUGAGGUUAUGAAACAUCUGGAGCUUCGCAUCACGGCCAGCGACGGCGGCUCCCCGGCCCUGUCUGGCAGCGCCAAUGUCUUUGUGAGAAUCGCGGACCAGAACGACAACACACCCGCCAUCACUCACCCGGCGCUCAACAACGGCUCGGCCGAGCUCCUCCUGCCCCGGGACGCCCCGACCGGCUACAUCGUCACGCGCGUGGAGGCCAGAGACGCAGAUGAGGGCAUCAACUCUGAGCUUUCCUUCGGGUUGGCCACCGGCGAACCCUCCGUGUUCUCCGUCAACAAAGUGACGGGGGAGAUCUACCUGAACCAGGCGCUCAAUCACGACGUGGACGACACCUUGAGCGUCACCGUGACGGUGAACGACAACGGCAGGCCGGCCCUCACCGCCACAGCCACGCUGCGCUUCCUCAUCAUCGCUGGCUCCCCGCCGAGUGACCGCGCCGUGUACCAGGCGGGCAGCGGGAGCGAGUCGGUCGCGCAGUGGGACCUGUCGGUGGUGAUCAUCGUCGUCCUGGCGGGGAGCUGCACCCUCCUGCUGCUCGCCAUCAUCCUCAUCGCCACCACAUGCAACCGCCACAGAGGGGACAAGGGCGGCGAGGACAGCGACUCGUACGGGGAGAAAGAGACGCUGGAGCGGGGCAGGAACCACGUGGCCGGCAACCCGCUCCUUCCUCUGCACGCGGCCGCGGGCGAGGCGGGCUUUGAGGGCCACUCUUACAGCAGCCAGGCCGGAGGGUUCAACCCAGCCCAUGUCGGGGGAAGCGACAUGUGCUCGGCCUCGGAGGACGGCAGCGAGGUGCCGUGCGUUUACGACUCGGACACGAACAAACCGAGGGCGAAUAAACACGAGGGGUACUCAACUCUGCCGGGCUACGGCAACGGGAAGGAGGCCGUGAGGCCAAUCACCAUCUGGAAGGGCAACUCUUACACCACCAUCUCCGCCCGAGACCCCGCCUUCAGCGGCAAGGACAGCGGCAAGGGGGACAGCGACUUCAAUGACAGCGACAGCGACGUGAGCGGGGACACCGCCGGCUUGAAGAAAGACGGAGCCGCCCCCCCGAUAUGCGCCCAAAACGCAUUGUGGGCGUGCACCAGCGAGUGUAAGGUCCUGGGUCACUCGGACCGCUGUUGGAGCCCCUCUGCAGUGCGAGCCAACGCGGCGCCCUCCCCGGCGCCGACCGUCUCCUCCUUCAGCAGUCAGUCCAAGACGGCGUCCCUGCCCCGGGACCCGCAACGCAGGGACAACUACUACCAAGCGCACAUACCCAAAACAGUGGGGCUCCAGAGCGUGUACGAGAAAGUCCUGCACCGGGAGUACGACUACGUCAUGGUCACCCCCGCCCGGCCCGCGAGGGUCCAGGAGGUGUGCAGCGACGUCACCAUUCCGGUCUACACCCCCACCCCCACGCACUGCGACGACGACAACUGAAGCACAACUCUGCACACGUACUCUCACGUACUUUCAGUAUACUCCAAAAAAUAUUUAUUAGUGUAAAAAUAUUGUGUUUGUGCAUUUUGGUUUAAUGUAUUCAAUCACUUUUCUUCUUUCUUGAACAUGUCUUAUAUGCAAGUUUUGUACAUAAGAGAGAUUUUAUUUUUUUAUAAAAGCCAUAAUCAAGCAGCAAGACGUGUAAAUAAAAGCAUGCUUCUAUUUAAAUCUGCCCCAGUCCCAUGAGGCUGGAACAAAGAUGGAGAUGUAAUGAAAUCAUUUUGAAUGUAAAAAUAACUAAUUGUACAUAUUUUUUUGUAUCAUCACAAUGCUGUGAGGGAGAAUAAACUUUUGAAA